AUGGCAUUGCGGCCAGAGAAUAUUAAAAAUAUUCGUUCCUUUCGGAAGCUUAUAGAGGUCAUGGAUCAGCAGUACAGUCAAAUCUCUAUUUCCAUAUUAAUAAUCCAUCUAAUUAUGGAGUUGGCAUCAGUGGUAUUGUACGUGUGGACAUCCAUGCAUACAGCUGCCGGAUCAGUAAGCGAAUUCCAUUGGGGAAGGAUUGUUUUUAUUUUUGAGGUUGUGCUUAAUAUUAUAUUUUUUCUCGAAUGGAUCCUUCUCUUCUUUGGAGAAAGCGAUAAACGACGGUAUCUCUUAUCUUGGCUCUCUAUUGUAAAUGCCAUGACAAGUAUUCCGAUGAUUAUAUAUGGCAUUGGUGCAUUGGUUGACACCAAGUGGGAGAGUUAUUGGGUGCCCAUGUAUUUGCGAGUAUGGUGGAUUCGUGAUUGCGUUGUCGUUCUUUUGGAUUAUCCACAGGUGGCACGAUACAUGGUAGACAUCACAAGAGAAGUAUGCCGAUUUCUUUGCACACUCUUCGCCGUUAUGUGUACUUGCAUCGGUACAAACCAAAUUGUUCAAAGUUGCACUGGAGAAUAUAUUAGUCUAUACAACUCUUUCUAUCUUAUGGUGGUUGCAUUCGCUACCAUUGGGUUUGGGGAUGUAACACCAAAAUCAACACCGGCACGUCUCUUUAUGAUAGCUUUUGUUGUGGUUGCUAUUAGUUAUUUCUUGCCAUUAUUCCAACGUCUAGCACAGAUUGGUCGACAGCAUCUGCAUUAUGAUACGUAUAAUUCUCGCGGCGGGAAACGUCCACAUGUUAUUUUGUCUGGUACAUUCACUGAACUUGAAGUAGAUAUUAUCAUUCGGAAUUUCUACGCCGGUUGGAGAAAGUAUCUUGAUAUUCGAAUUGUGUUGCUUUCACCUGUGGAACACCCACCGGAAGUCAAACUGUUAGUUAAUCUUCCGUGGUUUAGAAAUCGUGUUGUGCUUAUGAUUGGUGAUCCUAUGAAGGAUGCCGACCUUAAGCGUGCAGAUGCACACCAUGCAGAUGCUAUUUUUUUGUUUGGUGACACAAGCUCUGCCGCGUAUUAUACUGACUAUCAUUUGAUUCGGCAGUCCUUUGCUAUUAAUCAUUACGAUGGCGAGCUUCCACAAUACCUAUUCCUUCGCAGUGAGCGACACACUAAGCAUGUCUCCUCCUAUGCUGCCGGCGUGGUGGAAGGGGAAAGGAUUUUGCACCAUUUGCUUGGGCUUGGGGUAGCUAUUCCUGGUUCUGUGCCUCUUAUCAUAAAUUUGCUUCGUACAUAUCAACCCCGCCCAUUCAAUACAACACUCACGCGUAACUGGGUGGAAAACUACGAAUUGUCCUUGCAGAACGAUAUUUAUUGUUUGACAAUUGGGGAUAGUUUCAAAGGACUUAGCUUUUAUUGGUUGGCAAGUCUGUUCUUUAAGCAAGAUGUCACACUCAUAGGUGUCAUUACUACUAAAGGUACAGUGUUG